CAGGCCCCGCCCCCUCGGCCCGCCCUCUCUCCUCCCUGCGCACCGGGCUCCGGGUCCCCGGCCCCGCGGCUGCGGCUUCUGCUCGGGAGGUGGCGGCGGCGGCGGCGGGAGCGGCCAUGGAGGCAGGCGGCGGGGCCGGCGCGGGAGCCGCGGGCUGGAGCUGCCCCAGCCCAGGACCCACAGUAACCACUUUAGGCUCUUAUGAGGUAUCUGAGGGUUGUGAAAGGAAGAAAGGCCAACGCUGGGGGUCCCUGGAACGCCGUGGGAUGCAAGCUAUGGAGGGAGAGGUGUUACUUCCAGCUCUGUAUGAGGAGGAAGAGGAGGAGGAAGAAGAGGAAGAGGUCGAAGAAGAUCCAGUGCAGAAAGCAGGCAGUUUGGGUUCCCUGUCCAUGAGCAAGCACCGUGGCCUGAGCCUCACAGAGACAGAGCUGGAGGAGCUGAGAGCUCAGGUACUCCAGCUGGUGGCAGAGCUGGAGGAGACCCGGGAGCUUGCUGGGCAGCAUGAGGAUGACUCCCUGGAGCUUCAGGGGCUCCUGGAGGAUGAGCGGCUGGCCAGUGCUCAGCAGGCAGAAGUAUUCACCAAGCAGAUUCAGCAGCUCCAAGGUGAGCUUCAACAUCUACGGGAGGAGAUUUCCCUGUUAGAGCGUGAGAAAGAAACUGAACUCAAAGAAAUAGAGCAGGAGCUACAUCUGGCCCAGGCGGAGAUCCAGAAUCUACGGCAAGCCGCAGCAGACUCUGCAACUGAACAUGAGAGCGACAUAGCGUCCUUGCAGGAUGAUCUCUGCCGGCUGCAGAAUGAACUCGAUGACAUGGAACGCAUUCGAGGGGACUAUGAGAUGGAGAUUGCCUCGCUCCGUGCAGAAAUGGAAUUGAAGACUUCUGAACCAUCUGAUUUGAGUAUCUCAGACUUCUCUGGGAUACAAGACGAGCUACACCAGCUUCGGGAGCGCUACCACUUCCUGAACGAGGAGUACCAGGCCUUGCAGGAGAGCAACAGCAGCCUCACAGGGCAACUUGCUGAGCUGGAGAGCGACAGGACACGAAGAGCAACAGAACAAUGGUUGGAAUCCCAGAUGCUGAGGAGCAUGAUGUCAGUAGAGUCUCAGACUUCAGAGCUGGAUUUCCCAGAGCCUGAUCCUGAGAUGCAGCUUUUGCGACAGCAGCUGCUAGGAGCUGAGGAACAGAUGCAGGGCAUGCAGACCAAGUGUAAGGACUUGUGUUGUGAGUUGGAAGAGCUCCGGCAUCAUCGCCGGGUCAGUGAGGAGGAGCAGAAGCGGUUGCAGAGGGAGCUCAAGUGUGCCCAGAAUGAGGUGCUUCGGUCUCAGACAUCCCACAGCGCCGCCCAGAAUGAGGAGCUGAAGAGCAGGCUGUGUGCCCUGCAGCAAAAGUAUGAUGCUAGCCAGGAUGAACAGAAUGAGCUUCUGAAGGCGCAGUUGCAGCUUCAGACUGAGCUCCGGCAGCUUAAAGUCAUCAAAUCCACACCCGUAGAGAGCCAAAAUGAGAAGGAGUUAAAGUGCCGGCUCCAGAAGCUGCAGAUGCAGCACCAGAGCAGUGUGAAUGAGAAGGAAAAGCUGCUGGAAAUGCAGCAACACCUGCAGGACAAGCUGCGGUGCCACGAGACAGAGCUGCAGCAUCUCCGAGGCAUGGUGGACUGCUUGCAAGAGAAAAAUAAUAAGAAUAUAGGGAUACAAGCCCAGCUUCAGGAGAUGAAGGGACUGUAUCAGUCCAGCAAGGACGAGCUGGAGCGACAGAAGCACAUGUAUGACCAGCUGGAGCAGGACCUCCUGCUCUGCCAGCAGGAGCUGACAGAGCUCAAGAGCAGCCAGACUGUUUGUGAAGACAAUGAUGAAAAGGGCUCCAACAAGUGUGACGCACUGCUGUCCAGACUGACAGAGCUGCAGGACAAGUUCAAAUCCUGCCAGCAGGAGAUGGGGCGCCUGCAGAUGGAGCAGUGUGAACUCCUGGAAGACCAGAGGAGACUGCAGGAGGAGCAGGGCCAGCUGCAGGAGGAGCUGCACAGGCUCACGUUCCCACAGCCCAAAUGUGGCCUCUUGCAGAAGAGUCAGGAGCUGCUUUCAAAGUUGCAAGACCUGUGUGAAAUGCAGCUGCUCUACCAAAGCAUGCAGGACGAACAGAGAAAACUGAUAAAGAAUCAAGAGAGUGUAUUAAAGGAGCAGUUAGAGGCACACAGAGAGCUUCGAGGGUUCAAAGAGUCUAAUUUCCAGGAAGUGUUGGUGAACCCUCGUGAUGCCAAAGGGCCUAAAUCCUCCACUUGUGAGAACAAGUCCAAGGUGCUUAUGGACCAGCUGCAGGCUCUGCAGGUGCUGUAUGACACCAGUCAGAGGCAGCAGGAGCUACUGCAGCAGGAGCAUGGGCGGCUCCUGGAGGAGCGGAAGAGGCUGCAGGCUGAGCUACAGCUCUGCAUGGAGGAGAUGCAGCUGCUCCAAAGUCAGUCCCCCAGCAUAAAAAUGAGCCUUGAGUCCUACAGGAAGACCCCAGGCAGCAUGGCCCCCAGUAGUGAGAGCUUCCACAGGAGUUAUGACAGCACCAUCGAGGACAAUGAAUGCUAUCAAAGGAGUUAUGUAAGUUCUCAGGUCAGCAACGACAGCUUCCUCAAGAGCUAUGAGAGCUCCACCAGUUUCAGUGAGGCCUUUCAGAAGAGUUACCGCUCCAGCAACACAAGUGUUUCCUGUAAGAAGAGUUAUGGUAGUGCCGUUAGCUCUGAAAACCUUCACAAGAGUUAUGUUAGCAGUGGUGCUGAUGAGGACCCAGCCGAGCCUGAAGACCUAGAGCACUUUGAGGAGACAGUGGCCAAGGUGCUGACCAAGUUGCAGGCAGUGAAGGCCCUGUACCAGGUGAGCCAGGAGGACCACAGCCAGCUGCAGGAGCAGAUGAACAGGCUGCUGGUGAAGCAGCAAGAGCUGAAGCAGGAGCUGGAGAGCUGUGAGAGGGACUUGAGGGAGUGCAUGGAGAGCCUCGAAAAGCCUGCAGCUCCCCAGAGCGACAAGACCGAGAUCAAAGAGCUGCAGACUAAGCUGCGGGAGCUGCAGCUGCAGUACCAGGCUAGCAUGGAUGAGCAGGGCCGGCUUCUGGCAGUGCAGGAACAGCUGGAGGGGCAGCUCCAGUGCUGCCAGGAAGAGCUCCGGCAGCUCAGAGAGUGCAGGCCCUCUGUUAGCUCAGAAGCCAGGGGGAAGAACGGCAGUAAGAAUAUGAACAAGAACGCCAAUGGAGUGAGGUAUAAGAAGAUGAGCAAGGCAUGCUCAGAGGACUCAGAGGACAGCAUUGAGAAUGAAAAGAGUCUGGAGGUGGUGCUGUACUACAAGGCCAGCCAGAGGAAAUUAGAUGAGAUAGCGAAAGAGGACAAGGAGAUGGAAGAGGCAAACAGGAAAAAGAAACAAGACAAGAAAGAAUCAUGUGAACUAGCUACUAAGCCAGCAGAUCCUAGGGAAGAGCCUGAGCCUACAGAAAAUGAGGAUGGAGACUACGAAGAGUACAGACAAGGGGAUAAGGAAGACAUUGAAGAUGAGGAGGAUGAGUCUUCUGAGACUGCUGAGGAAGGCAAUCCUCUUACGCUUUCUGAGAGCAGAAAGAACAUGUUUGGGAUGUGGAAGCCCAUGGUAUUCUUGGCUAUUGCAGCAGUGGCUCUGUAUGUGUUACCCAACAUGCGACCGCAAGACACAGAAUACUGCUACAUGAAGUGAUGGCAGAUCUGGGCCAACCCAGAGGGCAGGAUCCCCAGAGGCUGCCACUCUCACCUUUGGGCAGAACACACUGUGCCAGAGCCCCCACCCCACCCAUGUGUCCCAUCCUCUUUGCCUCAGCCACUCAGACUGGAAAGGCUUCAGGGAGUUGCUGGCUCCCAACCUCCUGCCUUGUGUAAGAACCUGGGUUCCUUGUAAUUAAAUGUCAACCUAAUUACAUGA